AGGAGGAUGGAUUUCAGACUCCCACUCAGUAGGACCAUGCGCCUGUUCCUGUGGAUGUUCAACUUUUUCUUGUGCUGGAUUCCGGUGGACGCACAGAUGGGGUUCGAUGGUCCACUGUCCGCACAGGAGCAGAUGUACAUCCUGUUUGAAGUGAAACUACAAUGCCAUCAGAACCUGUCCAACAGCGACCCAGGAACCACAGAUGAGGUGUGCCCUCCAGACUGGGAUGGCCUGGUUUGUUGGCCCCAUGGCUCCCCUGGGCUGGUUACCAAGGUCCCCUGUCCUUCUUACAUCUAUGACUUCAAUCACAAAGGACACGCCUAUCGGAAGUGUGAUGUUAACGGUUCUUGGGUGUUUGUGGACCACUGGAACAAAACAUGGUCCAAUUAUUCGGAGUGCCUACGUUUUCUUCAUCCCACUGAUGAGGAACGAAGACAAGAUUUCUUUGAGCGGCUGUAUAUCAUGUACACUGUCGGGUACGCAGUGUCCUUCAGCUCUCUGCUUGUGGCCAUCUUCAUUAUCGGAUACUUCAGGCGUCUUCACUGCACCAGAAACUACAUCCACAUGCACCUGUUCGUUUCCUUCAUGUUGCGGGCGGUCAGCAUCUUUGUCAAGGACCGAGUUGUUCAUUCCAGCGCUGGGUUGCAGGAUUUCGACUCUGCCCUUUUGGACAACUUAAAAACAGUUACCAUGGCACCGCUGGACAAGAGUCAGUACGUCGGCUGUAAGGUGACGGUGUUGCUCUUCAUCUACUUUCUGGCCACCAACUACUUCUGGAUCCUGGUGGAAGGACUCUACCUGCACAGCCUCAUCUUCAUGGCCUUCCACUCAGACUCCAAAUACCUGUGGGGCUUCACUCUCAUUGGAUGGGGGGUCCCUGCAGUGUUCGUGGUGGUGUGGGCGGCGGUCAGGGCCACGCUGGCAGAUGGAAGGUGCUGGGAGUUAAGUGCUGGGAACAUCAAGUGGAUCUACCAGGUGCCCAUCCUGACGGCCAUCGGGCUCAACUUCAUCUUGUUUGUGAACAUUGUGCGAGUCUUGGCGACAAAAAUUCGAGAGACAAACGCAGGGAGAUAUGACACCAGGAAGCAAUACAGGAAACUGGCCAAGUCUACGUUGGUGUUGGUGCUUGUGUUUGGGAUCCACUACAUCGUGUUUGUUGGAAUGCCUCACACAUUUGACGGACCAAGCUGGGAAAUUCGCAUGUACUGUGAGCUGUUUUUCAACUCCUUCCAGGGUUUCUUUGUGUCCAUUAUCUACUGUUUCUGCAAUGGAGAGGUUCAGACAGAGAUCAAGAAAACGUGGACGCGUUGGAACCUGGCGUUGGAGUGGGAGGGGCCGGUGGUCUGCGGCAGCUACCGUUAUGGAUCAGUUGUGGUUGGUCUCAACAACAACCACAGCGCCAGUAGCCACUCCCACCUGGCGGGGGGCGGUCCUUCCACCCGCUCAACCACACUGGUCACGAGUCAAACGAGACCGUCCGCGAUCAGCGUGCACGCCACGCUGCCGGGAUACGUGAUCAGUAACUCAGACUUAUCCAUCCCAGAGGAGCCGGAGGACAGCGGCCCCAAGAGGGUGGACGACAUCUCCUUAAAGGAAACACUGACACUUCCACACACCAGAGCAGCAGAAGAAGACGAUGAAGAGACGCUGUAGCAGCCAAACAAGGA